AAACCCCACUUUUCUUUUCUCUUCUUCUAUUGCUAGGAAACUAGUGGAUGAAGUAUCAUAUCUCCAUCCUUCUUUACACACAUAUUUGUGUGUAUAUAUAUAUGAAAUAAACUCAUGAUUUAGCUAUCUUCAUGUCCUAAACUGUUUUUGAUGUUCCCUCUUCAAACCACAUGAGAUCAUGGAGACUCAUCAACUCUUCGUCUCUCUCCUUCUUGUUCUUCUUCCUCUUCCCCUAUGCUCCUCCCAAGAAAAUACCAGAAGCUUGGCCAUUGAUGUCAAUAGUCCCCUCGAUACUUCUCCAAUAUCCCAGAAACUAAAUCCAAAGCUUGUGUACGAAAUCAAAGUACAUGGCUUUAUGCUUUGGGCAUCGAUGGGUGUUUUGAUGCCAAUUGGUAUUAUCUCCAUCAGAUUAAUGUCUAUGAAAGGUCAACCUUCAAUCUGUUUUCGGCGGCUGUUCUUUCUUCAUGUUACUUCUCAGAUGGUUGCAGUGAUAAUUGUAACGAUAGGUGCAGUAAUGUCAAUAAAAAACUUCAAUAAUUCCUUCAACAAUCAUCACCAACGGCUAGGAGUUGGACUUUACGCCAUUGUAUGGCUCCAAGCUCUUUUUGGCUUUCUCCGACCUUCAAGGGGAGGAAAAGCUAGAAGGAAUUGGUUUGUAGGACAUUGGUUAUUGGGAUCGUCAGUGGCUAUUCUUGGGAUAAUAAACAUAUACACAGGCUUAAACGCUUACACUCAAAAGACAUCAAAAAGUGCUAAACUUUGGACCAUACUCUUCACGGCACAACUCUCCUCUUUUGUCUUGCUCUAUCUGUUUCAAGACAAGUGGUCUUAUAUCCAAAGCCAAACCAGUAGAACCCAAUCAGUUGAUCAUAACAGCAACAUCUCAACCGCAGAGCCUAGUCAAGGAGACGAGAUCGAAGAGACUAAACCAGCGUUAGAGAAAUGCUAAAAGUCCCCAAGAAGCUAUACGUCAUUGUCAUUGUUCUAUUAAAUACUUCUCUGCUACUUUAGUUACACUGAGAUUGAAUUUUUUCUGUAAAAUACUUAUCUGCUACUAUAGUUACUCUCUGAUCUCCUCGAUGUAUUUCACCUGAGUCAUCUACAAGAGCAGUGAUUAAAUUUCGGUUC